CAAAGUUAGAAAAACAUGGUUGGUCCCCAUGUGCGUCUGCAUUUUGCAAGCCGUGCGUCACUUCUGAGGGCACUCGCUUCAGUUUCGAUUGUGGUGUGCAUCACUGUUUACCGACGGGACAACUGACAAGCGUGAAACGUCCCACGAUUAUCGACCUCGCAGAUCAUGUGCGGUACCCUGCGUCGUUCCAGUUCUUCAUGAAAACAGCGCCAUCUCCGUGAACCGCAGUGGAAGAUCGCGAAGAUUCCGGAAUACAACAAUCAGGAACCGCAAACAUGGCUAGGGUGAUUUCAAGGAUUACUGUACCUUUAUCCCGGUGCUGUGCGCCCGCGUGGGGAGUGAGUGCCGCGCGCUUCGGUGGAUGUCUACCGAGCGCUAGAGACAACGUGACCCCUUUAGCUCUCCGAUCGUUUUCCAUUGCAGCAGGUGCUCCGAAAACUGACUAGCGCUGUGAACGAGAAAAACGACGAACAUGCUGCACCCGCCGAAAGUGCCGAAAUGACGGUGGACGAUUUCAAGGAUCUCGUGACGAGCGAAGAAACGAGACGACGGAUUCACUUGAUCCUGCUCGAGUACGUGAGCUGUCGCGACACCGUUGGACGCGUGCCUUCUGUGUUGAGCAUUAGGGACAUGAAGGAACUGCUCAGUAUGGGUUCUCCGGUGCAAAGAACGAAGUACUUCAACUACCUCUUCAAGACCGAGAUGUCGGCGCGUGCUGUGAGGCGACGCAAGGAGAAACUCAGGCUAGAGCGGAUCGCCGCGAAGGAAGAGAAGUUGAAGAGGGCCAUCGAAGAUGGCUCGAUUAACCACAUCCAGUAUGGUAUCGAAAACUCACUUUUUCUUUUCAUCCGGGAUCAGGCGAUGCACCAUUACUACAACUACAGACAGGCCUAUGCCACUAUGUUUGGGCAAACACUGGUGUUUGACCUGGACUACGAGGAGGAAAUGACGCGCCGCGAGGUGACCAACGCCGCCUACCAGUUGCAAGAAGUGUACGCUGUAAACAGGCUCUCUGCAGACCCAUUUAAUCUGGUGUUCUGUGGUCUGAAAGGCAAGCAGUACAGGAAAAAAUUGUACGAGGCCAUGCCCCACUUGGACAAGCCUAAUUGUCUCAUCACGGUCAGUGAUAACAGCUACCUUGACAUGUUCCCAAAGGAAAAGUUGGUUUAUCUGACUCCCGAUGCAAGGCAGCCACUUCGCUACAGUGACGACGCUAUCUACAUCAUAGGUGGGAUGGUUGACCUUGGCACUCAGCAGCCAAUCUCCUUGGCGCGAGCAAAGAGACAAGGAAUCACUUUUGCCAGACUUCCUUUGGAUGAGUACUUGCCUUGGGGUCAGUCAGCGUCCAAGACGCUCGCUCUCAACCACAUCACCCGCAUACUUCUCGACAUGAAGGCCACCAGGAAUUGGAACGAGGCCUUCAAGUCUAUCCCUCGAAGGAAGCUUAAGAGUGCCGAGCAGCUUCAAGCAGAACAACAGUUCCAGGUCACGAAAGAACACAGGAAGCAGAGGGUGAUGAACAAGUUCAACUUGGACAAAGAAGCAAUAUUCAAGCAUUGAAUAAAAAGGUUGUAGAUAAAGAAGGAAAAUAAAUAGGUGCUCAGCAGUUGCUUGCCUUGAUUGCAGCUGAA